UCGAACCGAAAUCCGGCAUGAACCCCGCAGAAGCGGCCGAGGAGGCGCCCGGCGACCCCGACACUGAUGCGUUCUUCAAAACAGGGUCUCAGAGGACUGAAGGCAUCAAGGCGUCUGAUGUUCUGCCCGUCUUGAAGGAGAAAGUGGCCUUUGUGUCCGGUGGACGGGACAAACGAGGAGGACCCAUCUUGACUUUCCCUGCACGAAGUAACCAUGACCGAAUAAAACAGGAGGACCUGAGAAGGCUGGUCACAUACCUGUCUACUGUUCCCAGUGAGGAUGUGUGCAAACGAGGCUUCACUGUCAUCAUCGACAUGCGAGGCUCCAAGUGGGAGCUGAUCAAGCCUCUGUUGAAGACGCUUCAGGAGUUUUUCCCAGUCGAGAUCUGCGUGGCACUCAUCAUCAAACCUGACAACUUCUGGCAGAAACAGAAGACCAACUUUGGCAGCGCAAAGUUCUCCUUUGAAACCAGCAUGGUGUCAGUGGAAGGUCUGGCCAAGUUGGUGGAUCCCUCGCAGCUGACGGACGACUUUGAAGGCUCCCUGGACUACAACCACGAGGAGUGGAUGGACCUGAGAGUCUCCCUGGAGGAGUUCAUGUCCAAUGCGGUUCAUCUGCUGUCCCGACUGGAGGACUUGCAGGAGGUUUUGUCCAAGAAAGAAUUUCCUUCGGAUGUUGAAGGAUCUCGUCGGCUUAUUGAGGAGCACACACAGCUGAAGAAGAAGGUGCUGAAGGCUCCAGUGGAAGAGCUGGACCAGGAAGGCCAGCGCUUGCUGCAGUGUAUCCGAUGUAGUGACGGUUACUCGGGAAGGAGCUGCAUCUCUGGCUCUGCUGACUUCCAGAGCCUAGUGCCCAAGGUGGCCAGUCUGCUGGACAAGCUCCACUCCACCAGGCAACAUCUCCACCAGAUGUGGCAUGUCCGGAAGCUGAAGCUAGACCAGUGCUUCCAGCUACGACUCUUUGAGCAGGACGCAGAGAAGAUGUUUGACUGGAUCAGCCACAACAAAGAGUUGUUUCUGCAGAGCCAUACUGAGAUCGGCCGAGCAUACCAACAUGCCGCCGAGCUGCAGACGCAACACAACCACUUUGCCAUGAACUCAAUGAACGCUUACGUCAAUAUCAACAGGAUCAUGUCGGUAGCGAGUCGCCUGACAGAGGCGGGACACUACGCCUCCCCACAGAUUAAACAGAUCUCAAGUCAGCUGGACUUGGACUGGAAAAGCUUCGCCGCUGCUCUCGAUGAACGCUCAACCAUCCUCGCCAUGUCUGCCGUUUUCCACCAGAAAGCGGAACAGUUCUUGUCGGAGGUAGAGGCGUGGUGCAAGGUCUGCAGUGAAGGGGGGCUCCCGACCGAGAUGCAGGAGCUGGAGCUGGCCAUCCACCGUCACCAGAGCCUCUACGAGCAGGUCACACAGGCCUACACUGAGGUGAGUCAGGAUGGAAAAGCUUUGCUGGAUGUCCUGCAAAGACCUCUCAGUCCCGGCAACUCAGAGUCUCUGACGGCCACCGCCAACUACUCCAAAGCGGUUCAUUGUAUACUUGAUGUUGUCCAUGAAGUGCUCCACCAUCAGCGCCGUCUGGAGAACAUUUGGCAGCACCGAAAGGUCCGACUGCACCAAAGACUGCAGCUGUGUGUGUUCCAGCAGGAUGUCCAGCAGGUGAUGGACUGGAUCGAAAACCAUGGCGAAGCUUUCCUCAGCAAGCACACUGGAGUGGGAAAGUCUCUUCAUCGAGCUCGAGCCCUGCAGAAACGGCAUGACGACUUUGAAGACGUCGCCCAGAACACAUAUACUAAUGCAGACAAGCUGCUGGAGGCGGCCGAGCAGCUGGCCCAGACGGGCGAGUGCGACCCGGAGGAGAUCUACAAGGCGGCGCGCCACCUGGAGGUUCGAAUACAAGACUUUGUACGCCGCGUUGAGCACAGGAAGCUGCUGCUUGACAUGUCCGUGUCCUUCCACACGCACACCAAAGAGCUGUGGUCAUGGAUGGAGGAGCUCCAGAAGCAGCUGUUGGAUGAUGUGAGCUGCGACUCUGUAGAUUCUGUGCAGACACUAAUCCAGCAGUUCCAGCAGCAGCAGACAGCCACGCUGGAGGCCACGCUCAAUGUCAUCAAGGAGGGCGAGGAACUUAUGCAGCAGCUCAGAGAUGCAGCCAUGUCCACUAACAAGACGCCGCAUUGCAGUUCCAUUGCUCACAUCCAGGGUGUGCUGCAGCAGUUGGAUGAGGCCCAGGGCCAGAUGGAAGAGCUGUUCCACGAGCGAAAAAUCAAACUCGACAUCUUCCUCCAGCUACGUGUCUUCGAGCAGUACACCAUAGAGGUGACGGCCGAGUUAGACGCCUGGAACGAGGACCUGUCUCGUCAGCUGAACGACGUGGGUCGCUCAAGCAGCAGCAGCGCCAGUAGCGGUGGUAGCGGCGGAAGCAGUAGCGCCCCCUCUGGCGGGGCGGAGGACAUUGGCCUGGCUGAACAGAGGCUGAAGAGGCACGCUGAGAGAAAGGCGGCCAUGAACAACAUGACCUAUGAAGUGAUGCAGCAGGGCCAGGACUUGCACCAGUACAUCAUGGAGGUGCAGGCCUCAGGCAUCGAGCUGACGGGGGAGAAGGACAUGGACUUGGCCUCUCAGGUCCAGGAACUGCUGGAGUUCCUGCACGAGAAGCAGCAGGAAGUGGAGCUCAGUGCCCAGCACACGCAUACUCGACUGGAGCAAAGCCUGCAACUGCGUCACUUGCAGGCCGAGGUCAAACAGGUGCUCGGAUGGAUCCGUAAUGGCGAGUCCAUGUUGAACGCCAGCAUGGUGAAUGCCAGCUCGUUGUCUGAGGCGGAGCAGCUGCAGAGGGAGCACGAACAGUUCCAGAUGGCAAUUGAGUCUCUUUUCCACGCUAACUCCCUCCAGAAGACCCAUCAGAGUGCUCUGCAAGUCCAGCAGAAAGCAGAGAUGAUGCUUCAGGCCGGCCACUAUGACCCAGAGGCCAUUCGCAGCUGUGCUGAGAAGGUGGCAGUCCACUGGCAGCAACUGAUGCUGAAGAUGGAGGACCGCCUGAAGCUCGUCAACGCCUCGGUGGCCUUCUACAAGACCUCCGAACAGGUUUGCAGCGUUUUGGAAAGCCUGGAGCAGGAAUACCGAAGGGACGAGGAUUGGUGCGGAACUCACGAAAAAGUGGGAACGCCGGCCGACUGUGACCACCUCGUGCCUCUUAUCAGCAAACACCUGGAACAGAAAGAAGCCUUCCUCAAGGCGUGCACACUGGCCCGGAGGAAUGCAGAGGUUUUCCUCAAGUACAUCCACAGAAACAACGUGAGCAUCCCAGGAGCUGCGAGUCAUGCCAGAGGGCCUGAGCAGCAGGUCAAAGCUAUUCUGAAUGAGCUGCUGCAGAGAGAGAACAGAGUCCUGCAUUUCUGGACUCUGAAGAAGAGAAGACUGGACCAAUGUCAGCAGUACCUUGUCUUUGAACGCAGCGCCAAGAAGGCUCUAGAAUGGAUCCAGGAGACGGGUGAGGUUUACCUGGCCACGCACGUGUCAUCUGGUGACAGCAGCAAGGAAACACAGCAGCUCCUCAAUGACCAUCAUCACUUUAGAUUCACUGCCAAGCAAACAAAGGAGAAGGUGAAGCUCCUCAUCCAGUUGGCCGACAACCUGGUGGAGAAAGGCCAUGUCCAUAUUUUGGAGCUGAAGCGCUGGGUGAGCACUGUAGACCGCCGCUAUCGUGACUUCUCCUUGCGAAUGGCCAAGUACCAGGAAAGCCUGGAGAGAAGCCUGGGCGUCUCCUCCGAGGACAACAAGGACUUAGAGUUGGAUAUUAUUCCCGCCAGCUUAUCGGACGACCCCGAGAUCAAACUGCGGGAGCCUAACGAUGAGGUCAACGAGGAGAAGAGGAAGUCAGCGAGGAAAAAAGAGUUCAUCAUGGCCGAGCUGCUGCAGACAGAGAAGUCCUACGUCAGAGAUCUCCAGGAAUGUCUGGAGACAUACUUGUGUGAGAUGACGAGGGGCGCGGACGAGAUCCCGCCUGCCAUUGCCAACAAGGAGCACAUCAUCUUCGGCAACAUGCAGGAGAUCUACGACUUCCACAACAAUAUUUUUCUGAAGGAGCUUGUCAACUAUGAGCAGCUGCCAGAGGAUGUGGGCCACUGCUUUGUCACCUGGGCUGAUAAAUUCCACAUUUAUGUGGAUUACUGCAAGAACAAACCGGACUCUAGCCAACUCAUCCUAGAGCACGCCGGCACCUUUUUUGAUGACAUCCAGCAGCGACGUGGCCUGGCUAACUCCAUCUCGUCUUACCUCAUCAAACCAGUGCAAAGAAUCACCAAGUACCAGCUACUGCUCAAGGAGUUGCUGUCAUGUUGCGAGGAGGGCAAAGGGGAGAUUAAAGAUGGUCUGGAGGUCAUGCUCAGUGUCCCCAAGAGAGCCAAUGACGCCAUGCACCUCGCCAUGUUGGAAGGUUUUGAGGAGAACUUGGAGGUGCAAGGCGAGCUGAUCCUGCAAGACAGUUUCCAGGUUUGGGAUCCACGCUCACUGAUCCGAAAGGGACGUGACAGGCACCUCUUCCUGUUUGAGUUCUCGCUGGUCUUUAGCAAGGAGUUCAAGGACUCGGCAGGCAGGACCAAGUACCAGUACAAACACAGACUACUGACAUCAGAGUUGGGGGUGACGGAGCAUAUAGAAGGCGACCCAUGUAAAUUUGCGCUCUGGGCCGGGCGAACCCCCUCCUCGGACAAUAAAACCGUACUGAAGGCAAGUAGACAACGCAUACACAAUAUGUAUAGUAAACAAUGUCGGGUAAAUGUCAUGGUUCUCAUGCAGGCUUCCAGUGUAGAAGCCAAACAGGAGUGGAUAAAGAACAUCAGGGAGGUGAUCCAGGAGAGAAUGACUCAUCUGAAAGGGGCCCUAAAGGAGCCAGUUCAGCUACCCAAAACGGCAACACUCACCAAACCUCGCAAUAAUACCAAAAGGGAUGGAGGCGAGGACGGUGAUAGUCAGGGAGACGGCAGCAGCCAACCGGACACAAUCUCCAUUGCAUCCAGAACCUCGCAGAACACAGUGGACAGUGACAAGCUCUCUGGUGGUUGCGAGUUGACGGUGGUCCUGCAGGACUUCACGGCAGGAUGUAGCAGCGAGAUAUCCGUCAGCACUGGCCAGACGGUGGAGCUGCUGGAGAGGCCCAGUGAGCGGCCUGGCUGGUGUCUGGUCCGGACCACCGAACGCAGCCCGCCUCAGGAGGGUCUAGUCCCCAGUUCUACACUCUGUGUGUCCCACUCGCGCUCCAGUGUGGAGAUGGACUGCUUCUUCAACUCAGGGAAAGAAAACUAUCCUGUCAGCGGCUGCGAUGGGAAAACAGAGUCGGUGGCGAACCUCCAGCCGCAGCCGUCCCUCAGCUCACUGCAGUCCAACUCGCCAGGACCCAAACGCUCUGGAAACACGCUCCGGAAAUGGCUGACCAAUCCCGUCCGACGCCUCAGUCACGGCAGCUCGGUUAAGAAACUCCCCAAUAACAAACAGAAGAAGACGGGUCCUGUGGGAGAAAGAGAUGACAGCCGGAAGGGACAGCUUGACCUUAACCCGCAGGAUGACAUCAUCGAUGAGCACAUCCUUGGCAAGGAUAGUAACCUCCUCUCCAAGACGCCGUCCGGCAUGCAGAGCGGCGGCGAGGAGGAGCAGGAUGAGGAGGCGCACACACCCCUGCCUCCGCCCAUGGAGAUCAUCAAGGACCCAUCGGCGCAGGAUGACAAGUCGUCGUCCUUGCUAACGUCUCGGCAGUUGUCCUCUGAGGUGCCCUGUGCCGCCGAGCUGGUUAGCGCCAUAGAAAAACUGGUUAAAACCAAGAUGACCUUAGAACCAGGAGCCCACCCGGUCUUCUCCCCACUCUCUCCCCCGGAACAAAGCACUCCAGUCCUGCCCCAGGUCCCCGAGCUGGAAGAGAGAGCCAAAGCCAUGAAGGGGCGCAUGUUUGUUCUUGACGAGUUGAUACAGACAGAGAAGGACUAUGUCAAAGACUUGGGCAUCGUGGUUGAGGGUUUCAUGAAGAGGAUAGAGGAAAAAGGUGUUCUGGAUGACAUGAAAGGAAAAGAGAAGAUUGUCUUCGGGAACAUCCAUCAAAUCUUUGACUGGCACAGAGACUUCUUUGUGGGAGAGCUUGAAAAAUGUCUGGAUGACCACGAGCACCUUGCUGAGCUCUUCAUCAAACAUGAGAGAAGACUACACAUGUACGUGGUCUACUGUCAGAACAAACCCAAGUCUGAGUUCAUUGUAGCAGAAUACGACAAUUAUUUUGAUGGGGUCCAGCAGGACAUUCAGUCCCGGUUGACUAUUAGCGACUUCCUUAUCAAACCAAUCCAAAGAAUCACCAAAUACCAGCUGCUACUGAAGGAUUUCCUGAAGUACAGUUCUAAGGCGGGAAUGGACUGUGAACAAAUAGAGCAAGCAGUGGAUCUGAUGUCUCAGGUUCCCAAACUAUGUAACGACAUGAUGAACUUAGGUCGCCUACAAGGAUACGAGGGCAAGCUAACCAGUCAGGGCAAGCUGCUGCAGCAGGAGACUUUCUUUGUGACCGAGCAGGACGCCGGCGUCUUGUCGCGCUCCAAAGAACGGCGGGUGUUCCUCUUCGAGCAGAUCGUCAUCUUCAGUGAGCUGCUCAGGAAAGGCUCGUCCACGCCCGGAUACCAGUUCAAAAAGAGCAUCAAGGUGUCUUACUUGGGUCUGGAGGAGAGCGUGGACAACGACCUGUGUAAGUUCGUCUUGUCGUGUCGCGGCUCGUCGGAGCGGUUCACCCUACAGGCGGCCAAUGUUGACAUCAAGCAGGUCUGGAUCGGGCAAAUCCAGGCACUGCUGGAUGCUCAAAACAACUUCUUGUCCGCACUCGUGUCUCCCAUCGAGUACCAGCAGAAGCGAGGCGGUAGCACGUCGCUGACCAGAAACCGCUCAACCGCCAGCAAUCGCUCAACCACACCCUCUCACAGCCGGCCCUCGUCGGCGGUCGGCCUCGGCGAAAAGGAAAGCGAGAGAGGGCGGAGUCAGUUGACCACGUCCACCUCCAAUGGCGGCACAUCGUGCUUCGACUCUAGGGAGAGCAGCGGCGGCUGCUGCAACGGCGCUUUGUCCACCAUGCGCGUCACUCAGGACUACUCGGCGCUCAAGGAGAAUGAGAUAUGCGUCAGUCAGGGCGAGACUGUGCAGAUCCUGGCGACCAAUCAGCAGAACAUGUACCUCGUUUACCAACCAGCAGACAGCCAGUCGCCCGCCGCUGAGGGCUGGGUGCCGGGGCACGUCCUGGGCCCGGCCCACAAGCCCUUAAAAGAUUCCUCCUCGGCCACGUCCUUCUCUGCGGCAGUGGCCGACACCAACAACAUCAAGAAGUCUCUAUCGUGGAACACGCUGCGCGCCAGGAAGCGCGCCGAAGCCAAGGAGGUCUCGGCAUUGGGUGUCAGAGGUCAGGAGAAUGGCCUGCUGCGUAAGACAAAAGAAACCACGCCCCCUCCCCCGCUGCUCGCCUCCCCUGUUGCCAGGGCGAAGGGCAAAGAGGUUCACACUUCGGAUGAAUCCGACUGUGACGACGACCUCGACCCAAAGACUGGCAUGGAGCUUCUCAACCCAAACUUCAUCCAGGAAGUGGCUCCAGAGUUCCUGGUGCCGCUCUCGGACGUGGCGUGUGCGUUCGGGGAGACGGUGGUCCUAUGUUGCAAAGUGUGUGGACGACCCAAACCCGCCGUCACACUGAAGGGCCCCGACCAGAACCUGGUGACCAGCAACAGCCGUUUCACCAUAGACAUCAGGGACACUGGCGACAUCUUGUUGAAGAUAUGUAACCUGAUGCCGCAGGACACUGGCAUCUACACUUGUGUCGCCAUCAACGACCACGGCUCGGCCUCCUCAUCCGCCUCCAUCAAAGUGCAAGGUAUCCCAGCAGCCCCUGGGAGACCCGUGGCUCAGGAGGCCAGCAGUACAGCCGUGAUGCUCCACUGGCCGCCUCCAGCUUCUUCUGUUCACUGUGCAGUCAGCAGCUACACGGUGGAGUCUCGCCAGGAAGACUCACUGCUAUGGCAGCAAGUGUCCAGCAGCAUGGAGGAGUGUGUUCAGAUCGACACCCUCAUCCCCGGCGGUCACUACCAGUUCAGAGUGAGAGCUUCCAACCGCUGGGGGCUCGGUCCGCCAUCUGAGCCCUCCAAUAUGGUUUCACUGUCCAGCAGUAACUCUGCUUAUGACGGAACAGGAAUCCAGUGGAAAGAAAACUUUGAGUCGACAUUCUCUGAGAUUUGUGAGAUUGGAAGGGGACGUUUCUCAGUGGUGCGAAAAUGUCUCAACAAAUCCACAAAGAAAGAGGUGGCGGUGAAGUUUGUGAGCAAGAAAAUGCAAAAGAAGGAGCGGGUGGCUCAUGAGGCUGACAUCCUCCAACAUGUGCAUAACCACCAGCUGGUGUCACUGUUGGACACCUAUGAGUCCCCCACAUCACUGAUGCUGAUCCUUGAGCUGCUGGAGGAUGGUCGUCUCCUUGACUACCUGGUCGCCCACGAUGAGUUGAUGGAGGAGAAGGUGGCAUUCUUUAUCCGAGAAAUACUGGAAGCCCUGCAGCACCUUCACACCUGCCGAGUUGCGCACCUGGACCUGAAGCCUGAGAACAUCAUGGUGGAUCUUCACUCUCCCAUACCGUGCAUCAAGCUCAUUGACCUUGGAGAUUCUGUCCAGCUGUCGGCACACCGUCAGUACGUCCAUUUGUUGCUGGGAAACCCAGAGUUCGCUGCACCCGAGCUCAUCUGCGGCACCCCGGUCUCUGUCGCCACCGACGUUUGGAGUGUCGGCAUCAUGGCUUACGUCAUGCUCAGCGGUGUGUCACCCUUUCUCGACGAGUCUCCUGAGGAAACUUGCGUCAACAUCUGCCGUCUUGACUUUUGCUUCCCGGACGAUUACUUCAGGGAUGUGAGCCAAGCGGCAAGGGAUUUCGCGUCCUCUGCGCUCCAACAGGAUCCGAGGAAGAGGCCAACCGCUACCUCCUGUUUGCAGCACCCGUGGGUGGGCCGUGGAGGCAUUCACGGCGGGGAGUACUCCAAGACACCUCUGGACACAACGCGAUUGGCCACGUUUAUUGAUCGAAGAAGACAACUUCAUGAUGUGCGUCCCAUCACUAACAUCAAGGGACUGGUUAGCAACAGUAUGGGGAAACUCGCUGUGACGAAGACGAGUGUUUGAACCUGCCACAAGAUCGGAAAUAUAUUUUCUGGAUUUAACUAUCGAAUUUCUUUAUUAAUAUAUGGGGUGCCUAAAUCAUGGAUGUGUUGGCUAUUACUGGCCUUUCCGACACCUCAGUACUCAAUGAAAAUGUCGCCUCUCCUUUCUUCUGUUAUGUUGAUACAUUGUUUUAACCUUGAAGCUGGUACGAGAGCUGCCUGGUCCUCAAAGAUGUUUGCCUUUGGUUUCAAAGACACUGUGAAUGCUUUUGGACAAACGUUGUGUUUGCCUCUGAUCCUUGAACCUGCUGAAUGAUUUCGCCUAAGGACAACAUUCUGUUGCUUACCAACACUCAGAAAAAAGGAUCAGCACCAAGGUUGCUCCAGUAUUUUGUUUUUGCCAGAGAAAUUGUGGCCAUCUGGUGAGUGUUGCCAUUCUAGGACAAAAGCAGAUGAUCUUCGUCCCAGGUCUUUAAACCUGACUACAGUUGUUUUGCCCAAGGACAACAUUUUGUUGGUCAGGGACACUCGGACCAUACGUGGAUCAGAACUGAGACUGCUUUUAUCGUCUCCUGGACAGAGAAAUCAUCCACACUUGAGGACGAGAGGGAGGAAGAGAUCUUUGUGUCCUUGAAGUUAUUUCACCUCUGGACAACCUGUGGUGCUUAGGUACACGCGGCUGGAACUUGGAUCAGCAACUUCGGUAGUCCCCUGACCAGUGCAAUUGUCACUAUCUGAGGUGAGCAAUCUUCAGGCAUUCAAGUGAGAGCCAGUGAAGAAACUCUGUUUCCCCAUAGUGGAAUCUGAUCUGUCAAUGACAGCAAGGCUUCAUAAAUGAAGUACAGUGCUAAUCGUGUUAAUUAUUUUGCUAGCUUUAGCAAUGCUAACAUUAGCUUUGGCUGCUAACCAGGGACUUAAGCUUAAAAAAGAAAUAUGGUGCAUUGAGCUGGCCUUAAAGUUCAACACGCAAAGCAAAUAACUAAAAACAAUGGCAAGUUAAAAAAAAAACACACCACCAAAUAACUAAUCACAACGACAAAUAACUAAACACAGUAAUUCAAAAAACACAAAAACUAAACAAAACAUCAAAUAAAAAAGCACAACAACAAAUAACUAAUCCCAAUGACAAAUAAUUAAACAACACCUGAUCAAAAAACGCAACAACAAAUAAAUAAACAUCAGUGUUGGGAAAGUUUAUUUUCUAUAGGAAUGAGUUCAAAGUUCAAUUCACCAUUCCAAAAUGAACGAGUUCAUAGUUCUUUCCCCCCCCAAUAUGUUGCUAAUGAGGAUAAGCGCUACAGAAAAUGGAUGGAUGGAUGGAUGGAUGUUACUGACGGGCUAUUUCCCUCAAUAUACUGGAAUUUUAUUUGCUCAUUGUUGCCACCCAUUUAGUCCACACCAGUUGCCAGCUGCAGCUUUCACCCUACUAUCUCAAAAACAUGAGGAAAAACAUUGCUUGAGUAGUCUUUUUAUUUAUUUUUUAAAAUGUAAUAAAACAAAAACAGGACUUUUGUCCUUAAUGCAUAAAGAAAGACACGCAACAUUGUGUGACAGGAAUGAUGGUCAAAGGGCAAUGAUAACUGCAUUUCUCGUAGCACUGGCUGACUAUAUUAACAAAAUAUUUUAUCUUAUCUAUUCUUAUAAUUAAAAAAAAAAUUUAAUUCACGUUAUGUCAGUGCGAUUCUUGGGGUUGGGCAUCGAGAAUCGAGAGCCAAUUGGAACUGGGACUAACAUUCCAAUCGUUCAAAUUUAAAAAUGUUGGUUCCCAGUUUCGAUGCCUACAGUCUGCCGACCCCGAAGAAGAAAGUGGCGAAAGGGAUCACGAAUUAGUGGUGUGCGAUACUGCAUAUUUUGGUAUCGAUCCGAUACUAAGUAAAUAUAGGGCCAGUAUCGCUGAUACCGAUGCCGAUACUUUUCAAAAAUGAAAAUCGAUGCAUCAUCAAAUUGCUAAAUAUCAAUGCAUGUUCAUGACCUUUAAGUGUUUUUGUGACAUUUCAUUUGUUAUUAUUAAAUAUUUAAAACCCAGGAUAGAAUUAGGACAAGGUUUAUUGGUAAAUAGAGCGUACUUAUUAUUGUAAUAACAUUUUUUCCAGAAGCAAUACAUCAGUAACAAAAAAAAAGAUUUUUUUCCCCAUCUUCCCCUGCUUCUCUUCCUCUCUGCCAUUCUUCUGCUCAGUUAUGUGGAUGGCACACAUUGUGUGUGAGCGUGUGCUAGUGAGCGGGCGGGUCAGCGGCUUGAUUGCUUGCAUGCUUGCUUACUAGCACUGCUAGGUCACGUUAAGGCACAACAUUGAAUCACAAGAGGGGGGAGGAAGAGCUAAGAGAGCCCGCUCAAGUGCUCGCCACUUGCUGUUCGGCGCUGAAUGCUGCUGAGUCAUGAAGGGAGAUGAGGAGCAAAGCUCCGAGCUGAGACAGAAACAGCGAGUCUGGCGCCGCCUAGUUGAUGAAACCAAAGCAGUGUAUGCAAUAGUGAAACCGAAACUACUGUGUUGAUAUUUUCACGCUAGUACCGAUCCGAUACAAUACUGACUUGGUAUCGAUAUUAUCGAUAUUUUGGAUCGAUCCGCCCACCACAAGAAGACGUGCUUAUGCCCAAUGGCGGCGGCGAACAGACGUGUUUCUUAACUGUGUUAAAAUAAAUGACCAGUCGCCUCAGUCAACACUUGGAAUAAGAUUAUAUUGUGUGAAGGAGGCUUUUGCUAUGUGUAGAAGUCUGACGUGCUUCCUCCCGCUCCGAACCUCAACGUAGUCCGAGCAGAACUUCAGUGAAGUCAUUUGGGUGAGUGUGAAACAAUAAAAUAACAUCGAGGCAGCUAACAAGUUAAACGGUGGGUUGCACUCUUGCACUGAGGGUUUUUAGCGUUUAUUUUAGUCUUCAAAGCAAUUUAAGAGCUGAUGACAGACACAAAAAUAAAACAAUAAAUUGUUUUAUUUAAAAUAAAACAGCUAAUAGCAAAAUGAAAUGAAAUGAAAAAUCACAACAGCAAAUGAAAAAUCAGAACAGUAAAUGAAAAAACACAACAGUAAAUGAAAAAUCUAAAUGAAAUUAAGCUACCGAAAGCGGUAGGCACUUGGGGGGGGGUAAGACUAAUCGCUGACUGGACGAGACAGAGAACUUGAUUGGAUGCUUUGACCAGGAAGUUAUUCCGCAUCUGUCGUGGUUUUUUAAAUAAGCGUUACCGGUGAUUCAAACGUAGCUGCUGCUUUCAAAGAAUAUUUUUACUCUGGAUAUACAGUAUGUAACCCCUUUUAUUUUGUGCCUCUGCGUUGUGUUCUGGGUUACAUAACUACAGCAACACUUCCUGUGUGGUUGACCACACUGGGGUUCGAACACACGUUGCUACGGUGUCAGGUAUUGAGAGACGUGUGACCCGGCGGCUAAUUCAAUGGCCAACACCUUCUUUUAAGGAUUGGGGAGUGGGGUUUGUUCAAAGUACACCCGCACAGCGUAGCUUACUCCCGUUAUACAUACUGUAUGAGGUGGUAAUGGAGAGAUAUGCUCAGGGCUAAUCAUGACAUUCAAAUAAUAAUCGCACAGUUGACAAUUCAUUUAAAAGAGGUUGGGCUGCACAGACGGUGUCGUCCAAUGAAGUCGUCCCUCUCAUCCAAUCAGCGAUGAGUCUUAUCUCCCCCACCAGGACCUACUGUACCUUUUCCAGUAGAUUGUAAUUUCUUUUGUUUUUUUCCCCCAUUUGCUGUUGUGCUUUUUGAUUUUGCUAUUGUGUUUAGUUAUUUGUUGCUGUGAUUAAUUACAGUAUUUCCUGUUGUGUUUCGUUAUUUGUCAUUGUGUUUCGUUAUUUGCUGUUGUGUUCGGCACUUCUGGGCCACCGUGGUGCAUCCCUCAGCUUAUAGAUUUAGACAUUGGCACAGAAACAUUGUUCAUAAACCGUCAACUGAUUUGGACCAUUGAACAUGAAAUACAGUUGUGAAAUCAUCCUGAGUGUUUUCUCCAUGUCAAAGCUGUUACCAUUGUCAUAGAUUUAUCCUUUUGAUUUUUAUGUGUGCAUAAUACAGGCCACAUUGCUCACGUUUUACUUAAGAUCGCAGCUUCGGCCAAAAGUGUUUCUCUCCUUCCUUCUAUAAUUAUAAACAAUGAAUGACAUUUUUUUGGGGGGGGGGGCAAAAGUCGAAUAAGUUGACCACCUUUUCCACCAGGCAGAGUAAUUUGACAUUGUUGAAAUCCCAAUGCAUGAGAAAAUUCAUAUAUUUGUCUAACCAUACAUAAAGAAUGUUGUAAUCAGGCUCAUUCAUUCGUGAAAUCAAAUCGUAAAGACAAUAUAAUGUUUAGCUUGUUAUGGUUUUGGCUCUGAUGGGAUUUUGAGGUGCUUACAAUUUUUCCUCCAUGUAUGUCCAAAGUUUGGAUGCAUUUGAUCAGUUUUUCCACCAUUUGUUUUCAACACAUCUGUUAUGGCCAUAUUUAAGCUUUUGGUUUCUAUGGUUAUGAUGGACUGAAUGCACUCUAUGUUGCUGGUGUCUACGGUUUUCUGUAUGUUUAUUUACAUUGAUGUUGGGGUUGGUGUCAGGUUUUCGAUCAUGAUUUUGACCCGUCCAAUCUUGGAUCCUAUAACAUGACUGGUUCGAAAUAAGCAAAAGAUGGUUCACAGAGACUGACAGAACUGAGCUUCACUUUGAACUUUGGGAUUGAGUGGACCCAUCGCCAGACGGAGGUUGAGAGAUUCCCUGAUCCAGACAGGAAAAUGAGUCCUAGACCUAAUGUGAACACUAGUAUGCCACUAUGGAUACGUUAGUUUUUAUGUUCAAUGUUUACAACGACUAAAAUGUGUGGUGUUUUACAGUAUGUAGUUUACUGAAAUGUAGAAUCAGGGGCACUGCAUGUCAAAUCACAGACGAUGUUUGAAAAACCUGAAUGUAGAACAUCUCAAUGAUGGAAAAUUACUUCCCACACUGUAACUUUGUGCUUUUUAUCUACCAGCGUCCAGAGGCUUGUAUGUAUUUACCGUCUGAAUGUAAUUCCGUUGGUAAUUUAGUGGUUCUCACAGAUGGCCGAGGCUCUGUUAUGUGACAAUGCACCAUUCGGAAUGGUCCUGUGAUUGACCAUCCAUCCGGGGUUAUCAGCUUUUAGCGCCAAGUCAGCAACAUAGGAGAGCAGGUAAAACAGAUCUUCUUUUGCUUUCGGGUUGUCCCUUUAGGGGUCGCCACAGCGGGUCAUCCUUCUCCAUGUAAGCCUAUCUCUUGCAUCCUCCUCUCUAACACCAACUGCCCUCAUGUCGUCCCUCACUACAUAUAUCAACCUUCUCUUUGGUCUUCCUCUAGCUCUCUUGCCUGGCAGGUCCAUCCUCAUCACACUUCUGCCAAUAUACUGACUAUCGCUCCUCUGGACGUGUCCAAACCAUCAAAAUCUGCUCUCUAUAACUUUGUCUCCAAAGCAUCUAACCUUGGCUGUCCUUCUGAUGAGCUCAUUUCUAAUCCUAUCCAACUUGAUCAUUCUUUGAGAGAACCUCAACAUUUUCAUUUCCGCCACCUCCAGCUCUGCUUCCUGUUGUCUCUUCAGUGCCACUGUCUCUAACCAGUACAUCAUGGCUGGCCUCACCACUGUUGCCCUUCAUCCUAGCAGAGACUUCUGUCACAUAACACAUCUGACACCUUUCUCCACCCGUUCCAACCUGCUUGGACCUGUUUCUUCACUUCCUUACCACACUCACCAUUGCUCUGGACUGUUUACCCCAAGUAUUUUAUUUUAUUUCAGUAUUUACCCUUGCUAUCUCUUCUCCCUGUAGCCUCACUUUUCCCCCUCCACACCUCUCAUUCAUGUACAUAUAUUCUGUCUUACUUUGGCUAAUCUUCAUUCCUCUGCUUUCCAGUGCAUGCCUCCAUCUUUCAAACUCUUCCUCCACCUGCUCCCUGCUUUCACUGCAGAUCACAAUGUCAUCUGGAAACAUCAUGGUCCACGGGGAUUCCAGUCUGACCUCAUCUGUCAUCCUAUCCAUUACCACUGAAAAGAGGAAGGGGAUCACGGAUGUAGUCCCACUUCCACCUUAAACUACUCUGUCACAUCUACAGCACACUUCACCACUGUUCUGCUGCCCUCGUACAUGUCCUGUACUAUUCUAACAUACUUCUCUGCCACUCCAGACUUCCGCAUACAGUACCACAGUUCCUCUCUGGGUACCUCUCUUUCUCUAGAUCUACAAAGACACAAUGUAGCUCCUUCUGACCUUCUCUGUACUUCUCCAUCAACACCCUUAGCCCAAUAAAUAAUCAGUGGUACUCUUUCUAGGCAUGAAACCAUACUUUUGCUUACAAAUACUCACUUCUGUCCUGAGUCUAGCCUCCACUACUCUUUCCCAUAACUUAAUUGUGUGGCUCAUCAACUUUAUUCCUCGAUAGUUGUCACAGCUCUGCACAUCACCCUUGUUCUUGAAAAUAAGCAACAGCACACUUUUCCUCCAUUCCUCAGGUAUCUUGUCACCCACUAGAAUUCUGUUGAACAAGCUGGUCAAAAACUCCACAGCCACCUCUCCAAGAUGCUUCCAUACCUCCACAGGAAUGUCAUCAGGACCAACUGCCUUUCCAUUUUCCAUCCUCUUUAAUGCCUUUCUAACUUCCCCCUUACUAAUUAUUGCCACUUCCUGGUUCACCACACUUGGCUCUUCUACUCUCCCUUCUCUAUCAUUUUCCUCAUUCAUCAACUCCUCAAAGUAUUCUUUCCAUAUGUCCAGCACACUACUGGCACCAGUCAACACAUUUCCACGUUUCCACCACCAAGUCUCCUUUCGCCUUGCCUACCAGAAGAUACACCAAGUACUCCCCUGCCUGUUUCUCUGAACACAUUGGUCCAGUCUUCUGGAAGCUCCUCCUGUCCACCGAGAUCUUGUUUCACCUCUUCUCAAAAAGCCGCACAACACUCUUCCUUUCUCAGAUUCCACCACAUGGUUCUCUGCUAUGCCUUUGUCUUCUUAAUCUUCCUCCCCACCACCAGAGUCAUUUUACACACCACCAUCCUAUGCUAUCUAGCCACACUCUCCCCUACGACUCGGUAGUCGGUAACCUCUUUCGAAUUACAUCGUCUGCACAAGAUGUAAUCCACCUGCAUGCUUCUACCUCUGCUCUUGUAGGUCACCCUAUGUUCCUGCCUCUUCUGGAAGAAAGUGUUCACUACAGCCAUUUCCAUCCUUUUUGCCACUACCACUAUCUGUCCCUCCAGGUUCCUUUCCUGGAUGCCGAACUUACCCAUCACUUCUUCAUCACCCCUGUUUCCUUCACCAACAUGUCCAUUACAAUCUGCACCAAUCACGACUCUCUCUCUAUCUGGGAUGCUCAGAACUACUUCGUCCAUCUCCUUCCAGAAUUUCUCUUUCACCUCUAGGUCACAUCCUACCUGUGAAGCAUAGCCACUAAUCACAUUAUACAGUACAAAACACCGUCAAUUUCCAGUUUCGGCCUCAUCACUUGAUCUGACACUUAUUUCACUUCCAUGACAUUCUUAGCUAGUUCUUCCUUUAAAAUAACCCCUAUUCCAUUUCUCUUCCCAUCUACACCACAGUAAAAUAAAUUGAACUAAGCUUCAGCCUUACUGCAUUUCCACCUGCUCUCCUGGACUCACAAUACAGUAUGUCAACCUCUUAUUCAUGCUAACCAGCAUCCCCGAGAUUUUCCUCUCAACAUUCAAAGUCUCCACAUUCACUUCAAGGCUCUGUGCUUUCCUCUUCUCUUUCUGCCUAAGAACCCGCUUUCCACCUCUCCUUCUUCGAUCCACAGUAGCUGAAUUUCCACCGGCGCCCUGUAGGUUAACGGCGCUGGUGGCAGAUGUUGUUGACCUGGUCCACUACCGAUCCGGAAUGGAAUUCUUUCAUUAACGCUCAUAUUUGUUUGUUUAGUUAGAAGAUACCCUUCCUGACGCAAACCUCUGCAUGUAACCAGGCUUGGGACCAGCCUACAGUUUGCACUGGCUUGUGCCCUCCUUAGGAACAGAACAGGUUAUACAGAUAUAUAAGUAUUUUAUACACAAUCGUAAGCAUUUACUUCAUAGCAGGGGGCGCCUUUGUUGGCCUUAAAACAAUUGUGUUUUGCAUCAAAGUUCUAAAGAGUUGUUGAACUGCCACAAAGUCUAAAACUCAACUUCUCUUCUCAUCAAAAACCUGCUGAUCUGAACUAACUGUAAAUGUUGAUGAUGUUCAUGCAUAUAGUCAUCAACGCUAUUCGUCAUGUUGCCGAAUGAAGCGACCCAUGUCUGUGCAUCUUUAACCAAUCGUCAAACCAGCUGGUU